UAUAGUGGAUUUACCCUUUUCGCCAUCUGUACACGUCACUGCCUCCAUCAUUUGGUGCGGUAGGAAAUAGACCCUCGCUGCAUCCUUUCGAUUUCUGUUUAUUUAUAGGGUAGAUCCGUGACAAUAAUACAUUUCAAUCAUGGCCGACGAUGUUCCACCGAUUAUAAAUAUUGCUAUCUCUCUAAAAAUUCAACCGAAUGAUGGUCCAGUGUUUUUCAAAGUGGAUGGGACAAGAUUCGGGCAGAGCAGGACAAUAAAAUUGCUUACCGGAUCGAAAUAUAAGGUUGAGGUGGUUAUCAAGCCGGGGAACGCUGGCGCCACCUCUAUGAACAUUGGUGGUAUCAUUCUCCCGCUUGAGCAGCAGUCCAAAGAUGAGGAAUCUGUGGUGUAUCAUGGACAGUAUGAUACAGAGGGAGUGCCUCACACCAAGAGUGGGGACAGGCAACCUGUCCAAGUCAGCAUUGAGUUUUCAAAGGCAGGCCAAUUCGAGACAAUAUGGCAAGUGAAGUACUACAACUACUACAAACGAGACCAAUGUCAGUUCGGGAACAAAUUCAAUGACAUCGAGUACGAGUGCAAGCCGAAUGAGACGCGUAGCCUGAUGUGGAUCAACAAAGAGGUGUUUAAUUGAGGAUCACCAACCAACUCAUCAUUCCAACAUCCAAUAACGGAAGAAGAAAUUAAAGCGGAGAUGAGUUGCACACAAUAGCUAACUCUUACUAUCAACUUAAGAAGGAGAAGGCGGUGUUGUAGGCUUGCGUUUCAGGUCAAUGAGCACCAAUUGUCUGUCUUAGGGAGAGCAGCGGCAGUUCACUCUGCUGUCCACUAUGCUGAUCUCGGGGGUUGUUCUUGAUUUAAAUCAAAAGACUUAGCCAGGUUAUUAUCAGCAAUAUCAUUCGGAAUCACAGCUAGCUAAGUAAAAACCGCUGUGGUGAUAACUUUGGCCAUAUAAGCCAAAAGCUAUGGCCCUCCUGGACCAGGAUUGAAGACAGCUGCGGAAAUGAACAAGUAUAUAAUUGAUGUGAGUGGUAUGCGAGUUGUUGGCUAUGAAUGAAAGAACAUCAUAUUUGUGUUCUCCCAUGUUGUUAGUGUUGUAAUUGUAUUUAGAUCUGUUAACUUUUGAUCAGCACAAAGUUACCAUAUAUGUGGGUAAGAUUUCUACGUUAUUUUAGGACUUGCAUAUUAUAGAAUCUAAGUGCUUUUUCUUAUGUUGUGGUCGCUUACGUUGUUUCAGUUUUGUUUUAAGUGCAUGGCUGAAUAAUCCUAUGCCAAAAGGUGUGUUACAAUGUUCAAAUGCAAAAACCUAUUACAUUUCAUUAUAUAUUAAAUUAAAUUGUGUAAGUAAAUAAACUGAUACCAGUACUUGAUGAACAAAUGGUGCAAUAAAUGGAUUAAGUUGU